AUGUCCACGAUGAGUCCAAAUUUUCUGACUGGCUCGUGUCUUUGCAAAAAUAUCACAUAUCGCAUUGAUUUGCCCAAAUCUGAGCCAUACCCCAAUCCGUACCACCAGCUUGUCAUCUGCCACUGCAUCAAUUGCAAACGAUAUACCGGCUCCGGAUUCUCCACUAAUAUUGUCGUGUCUCAGUCGAGUUUCACGUACACGAGUGGACAACCUAAGCUGUUUCUCGAUCGCAGUGAUAAUGGCAACCAUGUACGCCGUGAGUUCUGUCCCGAUUGCGGUACGCCAUUCACAUCGCAGUCAAGCACUGGCGAUGAUGUUGCUGUAAAGUCGGGGACUUUGGACGAGCAGUGCCGACUUCAGUGUGCAAACCUGACGACUGAGAUCUACUAUCAUCGGAAAGACGCCUGGGUGGACGAGAUCGGAAACGAUAAGGUGCAGAAGCUUAACGGCAGCAUGGGCAAUUCGUAA